UAUUUUAUUUUGAAGAACCCAAAACCAGAUACCGGAAGUCUCCCUGAAACCAACUGUUCCCACCUCCUCCUCUCUCAUUGGUUGACGUCUCCAGGAUUUACGUGCGUCGAUGCUUCCUGAACUUGACUAGUAGCAGCAGAAAAAUAGAAGAUGUUGGUCCUGGUGCUAGGCGACCUCCACAUCCCCCACCGCUGCAACACGCUGCCGGCCAAGUUCAAGAAGCUGCUGGUCCCGGGGAAGAUCCAGCACAUCCUGUGCACGGGGAACCUGUGCACCAAGGAGAGCUACGACUACCUGAAGACGCUGGCCGGGGACGUGCACAUCGUCAGGGGAGACUUCGAUGAGAACCUCAACUACCCGGAGCAGAAGGUGGUGACGGUGGGCCAGUUCAAGAUCGGGCUGAUCCAUGGCCACCAGGUGGUCCCCUGGGGGGACAUGGCCAGCCUGGGACUGCUGCAGCGGCAGCUCGACGUGGACAUCCUCAUCUCCGGACACACGCACAAGUUCGAGGCCUUCGAGAGCCAGAACAAGUUCUACAUCAACCCCGGCUCGGCCACCGGGGCCUACAACGCACUGGAAAGCAACAUCAUCCCCUCCUUCGUGCUCAUGGACAUCCAGGCGUCCACGGUGGUGACGUACGUGUACCAGCUCAUCGGCGACGACGUCAAGGUGGAGCGCAUCGAGUACAAGAAGUCCUAGGAGCCUGUGUGGGGGAGCCCUGGAGGGAGGGAGGGAGGAGGGGGGGGGGGAGGGAGGGAGAGGGGACGGCCCUGGAGGGAGGGAGAGAGUGGGGGAGGUGGUGUCGACUGCAGAGGAGGUGAGGGUGGGGUUGACUCCAGAGAGGCGGAGAUGACUGCAGAGGUGGGGGUCGGCGAGGGCUCAGGAGGACUCGAGGGUGGAUGUAGAGGGAGGUUGGGGUCAUUUCAUUCCUUUGGAGUAUACCCAAACUCAUGCUGGUGGUAUAACCCCCUCCCGUCCCCAUCCCCGGUCCAAGCAGGGUUGCCACGGCGACGGGGCGUCCCGCCGGUGUGUAAAAUGACCCGCCCGUCUGCUCGUGUCCGCGUUCGACUCGCUAGCCGUAGACCACGCCCAGGUCACGUGUAUUUGUAAUCUUAAAGAUAUAUUUGGUGCCAUUUUGUUCUUUUGUUGUUUAUUUUCACUCCUUAACCCUGUUUGGGUCUGCGCCAUCCCGACCGCGGCCUGACCGGCCAGCUAACAAUUAUGUUCUUUCCAGAAUAAAAGUCUCAUUACACUUGA